GAUCCUUGCUCAGAGAAUAUCUUCUCCGUCCUUCCCGACUACAGCGCAUGGCCUACAACUACUACCAAAACCAAGCUCCGGGCUGGGGAACAGCUCAGUUUCAGUUCGGUGCACCGCCAGUACCCGCUUUCCAUCCUCAACCCACUUGGAGGGGCUAUGACUUCUAUAAUGCCCAUGCCUCGAACCCAGAUCCUGGUCUCUUCGACUCGAUUAUGGGCCGUCUACGAGAAGUAGUCGGCCUAGGCAUCGGGCAUACCGAGGCUCGACACUGGCAUAAAAAGAUCUACAGUGGCAUGGUGCCAUUGACCCAGCUUCUUCCGGCCGAUAUUGGCGCCGCCGCCGCAUAUGAAGCCUAUCGCACUUGGAAGUACAAUUCCUUCCUCCACGAGCCGCUGAGCGCAGAUCGUGAAACACAGCGCGAGGGACUUAUCGGCAUGGCCAUCGCUGAGACGCAACGCCUGUGGCAGUAUUCCGGAAGAGGACUCGAUACUUAUGGUCUCCGGAACGCGUGCGAAGCUGCCGCGUCGGCAGGGAACGCUCUUGCUGAUCGGCUCUUCAACAGCUAUGGUGGUGGUAUUGGGCGUAGCCCCUCUUUUUCAUCCAGCGGUGAUCCCUAUGGAUAUGAUGACCCCUAUCACCGUCACGGGGGACGCAGUCGUCGUAAUUCCUUCAGCAACCCUGCUGUCGUCCGCGUUGGGGGAUCUCCUAUGUUAAGCUCUGCUGUCCCAAGCUACGCCGGUAGUGUCCCCGGCGCGCUCCCCAUGCCCAUCUCAGGCCAGGCGAUGGGUCCAGGGUCGCCGUACGGUGCAGGCAUGCCAGGAUCCUACGGCGCGUACGGCACGCCUUACGCAGCGUCCUCGCAGCCAGGGCUGCCUGGAUCCUACGGGUACGGCUCCGGCAGCUUGAGCGGAAGAGUCUCCCCCAGUCCAUACGGCACCCCACAACCCAUGGCAGGUGGAUACACGUACAACGGCAUGCCUGUUGGCGGUUACGCCGGGAGUGCCUCCCCGUACGGCGGAGCCGCCCAGCAGGGCGGUUACGUCCUACCAAACGGACAGACCGCCCCACCCGGUUCGACUAUCAUUAUCAAUCACCGCCCUCGUCGCCACUCAAGCGUAGGGAGGCACCACCAUCAUCGCUCGGGCAGCGACUACGAUGACGAGUGGGACCGAGGGAGAGAGAGGGAGAGGGAGCGUGCCGAUCGUGAGCGUCACGAGCGCGACAGGCAGCGUUGGGAACAGGAGGAACUCGCACGUCAGCAGUAUGGCCAGGACGAGUACGGCAGGUAUGGUCGUGUCGGGAGCGGCAUGGGUGGCGGCGGCUAUGGGUAUGGCGGUCGCUACUGAGCGCGAAAGUAGUCAGGUGAGAUGAGUGCGUCUGCAUCCAAGCUUUAGUACUGCCUCCUCACUUCUCGUCAGUCGCAUUCCAGGGUAGUCUAUGUGUCAGAUGGCGGAGCCACCUGCUGAGACCGCUGUUUUGGAAUGUCUGGAUUCACAUCCGAAUUCAAGGAUCAUACCCUAUGCAUGUUCAUUUCCUUAUCCCCUCUCGCAGCGAUCACGGUGUUGCUAUCUUCGCGAUUGCUGUAGCCAUGCUUUAUAACGUAUCACAUUCGAUCCUUGUACUUGUGCGCAUGCUAUGUACUCGUGCUUGUCUUGCUUAUCCGCUGUAUAUUUAUACGUUUCCUGAGUACUGACCGCUGUACUGUAUGCUAUGGGAUAGUUUUGCCUUAAUCGAUAUGCG